CAGACUCACCUGUGGUUCUGAGUCAGGAGACGCCUCUGUGCGACCAGGAAACUGCUUGUCAGAGAAGCGUGUGAGAACAGGAGCUCCCUCCACGAGAGAGUUGCAUCAUCUUCAUCGUCUUCAUCAUCAACAUGGCGUCUGUGUGGAAUGACUUGGAGGGUCUGCUGGAGGCUCCGUCUGCUUCUGAUGGGGGAAGAUCCACCAGGGGGAGCAUCAAGCCUCCAUCCAACUUCAACCCAGAAGAAGAUGCAGCAGACUUGAGGAAGGCCCUCAAGGGGCUCGGGACUGAUGAGAAAACCUUGGUGCAGAUCCUGACGCAGAGAAGCAACGCUCAGCGGCAGGUCAUCUGCCAAGCAUACCGCUGUCAGUACGACCAGUCUCUGCUGGACGAUGUGAAGGGCGACACUGGAGGAGACCUGGGUGACAUGCUGGUGGCGCUGCUGUGUCCCCCUGCAGUGUACGACUGUCAUGAGGUCAUCAAGGCCAUGGAGGGGGCGGGGACUGAGGAAGGCGUCCUGAUGGAGAUCUUCUCCUCCAGAACCAACGCUCAGAUCCGUGCGCUCGCCGACGUCCACCUGGAAGAGACCGGGACGGCCCUGACUCACCGGCUGAAGAAGGAAGUUUCCGGGGAGUUCUCCGACGCCCUGCUCAUCCUGGCCCAGGCGGAGAGAGACGAGUCUGGACACCUGAACACUGAACAGGCGAUGGAGGACGCUCAGGUCCUCUAUGAAGCUGGAGAGAAGAAGUGGGGCACUGACGAGUCCAAGUUCAUUGAGAUCCUGUGCCGCAGGAGCGUGGCUCAGCUGCGCCGCACUCUGCUGGAGUACAAGAACCUCAGCGGGAAGACUCUGCAGGAGAGCAUCGAGAGCGAGAUGUCAGGCGACCUGCAGGAGUUGCUGGUCAGCGUCGUCAAGUGUGUGAAGAACCCGGGGGCGUACUUCGCCGAGCGGCUGCGCCAGAGCAUGAAGGGUGGCGGAACCUGUGAAGCCAGCCUGAUCCGGAUCAUGGUGAGCCGCUCGGAGGUGGACAUGCUGGACAUCAGGGCCCAGUUCAAGAGGCUGUAUGAGCACUCGCUGCACUCAGCCAUUGAGUCCGACCUGAGCGGUGACCUUCAGGACGGCGUGCUGGCGCUGUGCGGCGGAGACGAUGACUAACAGACCACGCCCCCAGUGGUCCUUCCUGUCUGUUCACUCAUGACAUGAAACACCUUGCAGCCGCGUCUCUGACUCUUAUGACCUCAGGUGACCCCAACAGGCUGUAACCUCUGACCUCUCCCUCAAGCAACAAUUCGAUGUUGCUGCAGCGCCCCCUGUUGGCUUGACUACGGAAGGAAAACCUAAAUGUUUCU